UAAGCGUUUCUCUUCCUGCUACGUCACAGUUUAGCCGCGUCUGUUGAACAGUCCACUUUUAUUUGGCGGGAUUGGACGCUGCAGAGCCUGCUUCCUCGUCUUGUUGGCACCAUGCAGUUUUCUAGCAAAAAACCCAGGGCUGUUACUGACCUCAAGGCUGAGCUCUAUUCACAGCCUCUGCAGUUCUACGCACAACCUCCACUGGAAAACAUCUCCCUCUCUGAAUUUGAGAGUUUUGCUGUUGAUAGACUGAAAUUGCUGAAGACUGUGGAGAAUUUGGGAGUCAGCUAUGUGAAACUAAAUGAUGACUACUUGAAAAAACUCGAUAAUGAGAUUAGAACGCUGAACUUUCCACAGGUUGGUGACGCUAAGGACCAGACCGAAAAACGCAGAAAAGACCACAUUUCGCACUUCAUUCUGAGACUGGCCUACUGUCAAACGGAAGAUCUGAGACGCUGGUUUAUUCAACAGGAAGUCGAUCUCUUCAAAUACCGCUUUAGAAAACUGGAUGGUGGUGAAAAACUAGAAUUUCUCCACAAGAAUAAUCUCCAGUACAAUACAAUUAGUGCUGAGGAGAAGGAUAAUCUGAGGGAGAAACUUACCAUCUCCAGCUCUGCUGCCAGUGGAGUCAAGGUGGAGGAACAGGAUUUCUACAAAGUUCCUUUUCAAGAUGCUCUCGACCUGGUGCGGACAAGAAAAGUGUACCUCAAAGAAGGCUAUGCAUACAUCCCUCACAACGAAAUCGUCACCAUUGUUCUCAACGAUUUCCGCACGAGGCUUUCUAAAGCUCUUGCAUUGACAGCCCGCUCCCUACCAGCGGUGCAUUCUGAUGAGCGUCUCCAACCGCUUCUUAACCACCUCAGCCAUUCCUAUUUGGGACAGGAUUACAGCGUCCAAAAAAAUGUUGGGAAAAUCUCCUUGGAGCAGAUCGAUUCACUUGCAGGGAAGUCCUUCCCGCUCUGUAUGAGGCAGCUCCACCAGGCGCUCAGAGACCAGCACCAUCUCCGCCACGGAGGCAGAAUGCAGUACGGUCUCUUCCUCAAAGGCAUCGGCCUCUCUUUGGAGCAGGCGCUGCAGUUCUGGAGGAUGGAGUUCAUACGAGGCAAAGUGGAUGCAGACAAGUUUGACAAAGCAUAUGCCUACAGCAUCCGCCACAUGUUUGGCAAAGAAGGCAAGCGAGCAGACUACACUCCCUACAGCUGCAUGAAGGUGAUUUUAUCAAACCCACCCAGCCAAGGCGACUAUCAUGGAUGUCCAUUCCGUCACAGUGACCCAGAACUACUGAAGCAGAAGCUUCAGUCCUAUAAAGUGUCUCCCAGUGGAGUCAGUCAGAUUCUUGAGCUGGUCAAAGGGAUGCAUUAUCAGCUGGCGUGCCAAAAAUACUUUGAAUUGACCCACAAUGUGGAGGACACCUCUUUCUCUCUCAGUCACCCCAACCAGUACUUCACAGAGAGCCAGAAAGUUUUGGGCGGAGGGAAAGAUGUGAAGCGAGAAACGGACACACUGCAGAGGCCACAGGAAAACUCUGCCGCCAGAGGAUUGACUGCAGCUCGAGAGCCAGCAGUAGACGAAUCCCAGCAUUUGGCUGAGAUAACAAAGAACCUGGAGACCGACUUUCAAGAUGCCUGAUUUCUGUUUUAAUCCAUGUGGAAAAGAGUGCUGGUUUGAGGGUCAGGUCUCUUGCUGAUUGAAAACUGUAUUAUCUGACUUGCUGAGUAAGAUCUUUUGAGUUGUUCUAGUCAGUCAUGCAGUGCCUUGUUCUUUCACAUAUUUUGCUGUGUUACAGUCACGAACGUCAAUGUAUUUUUUACUGGAAUUUUAUGUGAUUGUCCAACACAUUAAAAAUGAUUUUAAAAAAG